UGCUGUGUACUCUAGUUUGAAUAUAUUCUAUGUGAAGACAACAUUUUGUGAAGCCAAGACUAUGCUGUGGUUCCGGCGAAGAGAAAACCGCAAUAGCCAAUCACGCACGUUCCCCGAUCGAUUGGAUCGCUCGUCAUAUCUUUCCUCCCCCUUCCAUGGCCUAGCAAUGCUGAACGGUGCAGGAAUCAAGAUUUUCUCUGGCACGAGCCAUCCCGAACUCGCCGAAGUUAUUGCUCGGCGUAUCGGUCUUCCCCUCUCCCGCGCUGAGAUCACCCGAAACAACAUCGGCGAAACCAAUGUCCGGAUUGAAGAAUCCGUUCGCGAGGACGACGUCUACAUCGUCAAUACCUGCUGCGGUGCUGUCAACACUUCGCUCAUGGAGCUCUGCAUCAUGAUCCAUGCCUGCAAGAUUGCCAGCGCCAAACGUAUCACCGCCGUCAUUCCCCUUUUUCCCUAUGCUCGCCAGGACAAGAAGGACAAAAGCCGUGCACCCAUCACGGCCAAGCUCGUCGCGAAUAUGCUCCAACACUCCGGAUGCGACCAUGUCAUCCCGGUCUAUGAUACAUGCUCAUUGAUUCAUCUCAGCCUUUACGCCGAACCAUCCGCCAUCCUCUACAUCCGGACGCAUUUUACUAUGGACAAUGUGGUAAUCGUUUCGCCUGACGCUGGAGGCGCCAAGCGUGCGACUUCCAUCGCAGAUCGACUGGGUGUCGAAUUCGCGCUGUUUCACAAAGAGCGAAAGAAGGCCAAUGAAGUCUCGCGAAUGGUUCUGGUCGGUCAGGUCACCGGGAAAAUCGCAAUCCUAGUUGACGACAUGGCCGACACAUGUGGCACCCUUGUGCUCGCGGCUUCGCAUCUCGCAGAAGCUGGGGCCUCGUCGGUCUUUGCAAUCGUCACGCACGGCAUUCUUAGUGGAAACGCACUGAGUGCCGUGACGGAAUCGCAUCUGGAAAAGCUGAUAGUGACCAACACCAUCCCUCAGGCUGCCAACAUCGCAGCUUGUCCGAAGAUAGAGGUCAUUGAUAUCGGCCCUGUGCUGGGUGAGGUCAUCCGGCGCAGUCAUUACGGGGAGAGCGUCAGCAAGCUCUUCCAUGAAGUGCCCUAUUAAUCUGUCAGAGGCAUGUAGGUUAGGAAAAGUGUAUGCAUAUAGUUUCGACCCUGGUGUUUAUCUUGUAUUUCCACCGGUAUUCCAUCGGGAACAAGGGUCGAUGGUUGAUGUUGACAACGUCUCUCCAACAUUACAGUACCGUUACACCUUGGGGUAAUUUCAAGUCUGAC